AUGCAGUUCUCUACUUCUCCUCUGGCCGUCAAGGCUCUCCUUGUCCUUCUCUUUGCCCUCAACGCCUCUGCCUUUUGGCGCAUGCCCUGCAUGUCCCGCUCGGGUUUGGCACGUCUUGAUCCUUUGAUCUCCCCUGGUACUACUUCUCAGCAUGUUCAUGCUAUCCAUGGUUCUUCUGGUUUCUCUGAGAGUUCUGGCCAUGCUGAGCUUGUCGCUGGCAACUGUACAUCCUGCCAAGUCUCCCAGGACAAAUCUGCAUACUGGACCCCUGCUCUCUACUUCCAGCACGCUUCAACUGGCCAAUACUAUCUUCUGUACCCUAAUGCUGGCGAGACUACUGUCGAAGCCUUCCCUGCAGGAUUCCAGAUGAUUGCGGGCGACACCUUCCAACGUAACUUCUCAUACCCGGUCCCUGAUAUCCCAAAGUCCAACUGGGACCAGGCUCCAUACAAUACCCAGGCCUUCCUUCAACAAGCUGCCCUUGGAUUCAACUGCCUCAAUUAUGCAAAGCAGGCUGAAGGGUCCCUCUACCGCCACUUCUUGCCAGAUAAAGCUUACCUGGAUGCCAAUUGUAUUGAUGGUGUCCGCUUUGAGCUGAUGUUUCCAAGCUGCUGGAAUGGCUCUCUUGAUUCUACCGACCAUAAAUCUCACGUCGCUUAUCCAUCUGAGGUUAUGACCGGCGAUUGUCCCCCAGAGUACCCAAAGCGUCUCGUGUCUCUCUUCUAUGAGACUAUCUGGAACACUUAUGAAUUUGUCGGUCAGGAUGGUCAAUUCGUCAUCUCUAAUGGUGACCCUACUGGUUACGGUUACCACGGUGAUUUCAUCAUGGGCUGGGAUGAGGACUUCCUCCAAGAGGCAGUCAACACAUGCACGAACCUCUCUGGCGAGAUCCAAGACUGCCCACUCUUUGAUAUCCAGGAUAGCGAUGUCUGGGACACUUGUAGCUUUGCUGAACCAGCUGCCCUGGCCUCUGACAAUGUUCUCGGUCCUGUCGGUGCCUUGCCCGGCAACGUACCUAUCGCACCUGGCCCAGCUUAUGCCAUGUCCAUCGAUCUUGCUGAUGCCCCACCACAUCCUUCUGUGUCGCACCCCGCCACAACCUCUAGCGCAGCUAUCUCCGUCGCGACAUCCAACCCUGUCCCGACACUCAGCUACUCCUCUGGUCUGAGCCUUGGAACGUCAGACACAUACAUUCCUGGUGCGAUCUUCGCGGCCGCCACGAAGGAGGUCUCCUUGCCAACCACUUUCUCCACCUCAUCCACCACAUCCUCGGCCCCUCCCCCCAGCACCUCGUCUCCCACCACCACAUCCGCUCCGACCUCGAUCCCCACAACUUCGCCCUCCUUCAUCGCAACCCAAUACAUGACCACCGGCCAAGUCGUCGAGGAGCUCCUCUGGGUCGAAGAACUCGUCACCGUCACCGUGCCAGCUACGACCACUGUGCGUUCCGAAGGCCGCAGUCAUAUUCAUAAGCAUCGGCACGUCCGCCGCCACCUCUGA